GAAUGGAAGUUUUAGUUUAUCUUUUUCUACGUUUCUGGAAGAAAUGGCGGGAGUUUGGAUCUGGGGUAUUAUUGACUUUCGGUUUCUUGGGGCUGCAUCGUUUGAGUAUAGUUUUUGUCUCACUAGAUGUCUCUUUUAUGUUUCAGAUCUACCAAGAUAUAGACGUUGCCUCUAGAGAAAAACGAAGACAAUGUUGCCUCAGAAGCAAGCAGAAGAAGCAAUAGUCUCCAACUUUAGCGAGACGGAGCUUGAAACCAGAGAUGAAGAAAAAGAAGAAGAAGAACAAUCAAUGUUUAGUGUUAAGAACCUCCUCUGGCAUGGUGGCUCUGCUUGGGAUGCCUGGUUCAGCUGCGCCUCCAAUCAAGUGGCGCAAGUGCUGUUGACACUGCCUUAUUCCUUCUCUCAAUUGGGUAUGCUGUCAGGAAUUCUGCUUCAGGUUUUCUAUGGACUGAUGGGAAGUUGGACUGCAUAUCUCAUCAGUGUACUCUAUAUAGAGUAUAGAAGCAGGAAGGAGAAAGAGAACGUCAGCUUCAAGAACCAUGUCAUCCAGUGGUUUGAAGUGCUUGACGGGCUGCUGGGUCCAUACUGGAAGGCAGUUGGACUUGCCUUCAACUGUACUUUCCUCUUAUUCGGAUCUGUCAUACAACUUAUAGCUUGCGCAAGUAAUAUUUACUACAUCAAUGACAAACUGGACAAGAGGACAUGGACCUAUAUUUUUGGAGCUUGCUGCGCAACCACAGUUUUCAUACCCUCCUUUCAUAACUAUCGUAUUUGGUCUUUUAUAGGCCUUGGGAUGACCACCUAUACGGCCUGGUACUUGGCCAUAGCUGCCUUUGUUCACGGCCAGGCUGAGGGCGUGACGCACAGCGGUCCAACAAAGCUAGUGCUCUACUUCACCGGAGCCACCAACAUUCUCUACACCUUUGGCGGACAUGCUGUGACUGUGGAAAUCAUGCAUGCAAUGUGGAAGCCUCAAAAAUUCAAGUACAUAUACUUGUUUGCCACAUUGUACGUAUUUACCCUAACCAUUCCAUCCGCUUCAGCCGUCUACUGGGCGUUCGGGGACCAGCUCCUCAACCAUUCCAAUGCCUUCUCUCUCCUCCCUAAGUCCGGUUUCCGUGACGCCGCCGUCAUCUUAAUGCUUAUUCACCAGUUUAUAACAUUUGGGUUUGCUUGUACGCCAUUGUACUUCGUGUGGGAGAAAGUGAUAGGGAUGCAUGACACAAGAAGCAUUUGUUUGAGGGCGCUGGCAAGGCUGCCAGUGGUGAUUCCUAUCUGGUUCCUUGCGAUCAUCUUCCCAUUCUUUGGGCCAAUAAACUCUGCAGUUGGUGCUCUUUUGGUUAGCUUCACCGUCUACAUCAUCCCAGCUAUGGCCCAUAUGCUCACCUACAGAAAAGCCUCAGCUCGACAGAAUGCUGCAGAAAAGCCUCCAUUCUUCAUGCCAAGCUGGACUGCAAUGUAUGCUUUCAACGCCUUUAUUGUGGUGUGGGUUCUGGUAGUUGGAUUUGGGUUCGGUGGAUGGGCUAGCAUGACCAAUUUCAUCAAGCAAAUUGACACUUUCGGGUUGUUUGCGAAGUGCUAUCAAUGCAAGCCUCCAACACCAGCAGGAGCAUCAGCUGCACCGCACCAUUGAGCUGACUCUUUAUAAACAACCCAAUCUGAAAUUUAAACCCCCCCCCCCCCCUCCAAAAAAAGGAAAGACCAAAAAAAGAAACAAAACCCAAAAAUGAAUUCCCUGUUUUUCCUCUAUAUCUUGUAUCAUACAUGGGGAGAUAGCAAUAUCUUCCCUACAUGUGAUGUGUGCUGGAUUUUGCCUUUUGUAUGUCUAUUUUUUUCUCUCUUUCUCUUAAAUUAGUUUAUAAUUAAAAAAUAGUGUGAUGGAUUGUGAUGAUUCCAUCGCUAUCAAAGCAUGGGUCUAAUUAAAUCAGAUAAAAGAGUAUAUGUUUAGCUUUCUCCCUCCUUUCUAAUCCUUCUUUUGUUGAGAUAAUAUAAAAUCUUGC